AUGGGAAAAAGUCCAGGGAUUUUACUCUUUUUUGCGUUUUUUGUUGCAAUGAAAUUGUGUUUGACAUCACAAGUCCAAGAUGAGGUGAAGAAGCAAUGUGAUCAAAAGCUGCUCAUUAGAAUGAAAACCAAAUGUGUACCUUGCUCUUUAAACCUUGACACACAGUGCCCUGCUGGUUACACCAAAAUUACCAAUGGGACUGGGACACCAGACUGCAGGUAUUACCUGGAAAUUAAAACAUUCACACUUUCUUUUCCGGGCUGUCGGCAUCGUUGUGUGAAGGAAUUUGAACAACCUGAGUGCUGCCGGGGACACUGGGGCCCAGACUGCAUGGCAUGUCCAGGAGGAGCCGCAUCGCCCUGCAACGGGAGAGGACACUGCUCACAGGGCAUGACUGGGAAUGGAACGUGCACUUGUCAGAAAGGGUUUGGUGGGACAGCCUGUGAAAAAUGUGCUGAAGACAAUUUAUUUGGUCCUGACUGCACAUCAGUUUGUGACUGCGUUCACGGAGUGUGCAACAGUGGAAUUACAGGGGAUGGAAGAUGCACUUGCUUGUCUGGAUACAAAGGGCUCCGCUGUGAUCAGCCCAUAGCCGAGUGCGAGGCGCUGCGCUGCCCUGCGAACUCCAGGUGUGCUGCCUCAGGUGAGGGUGGAGGAGAGCUGCAAUGCACCUGUCUGCCCACCUUCCACGGGGAUGGCACGCAUUGUGAACCUAUCAACCCGUGCUCUGAAAAGGUCUGCGAUCCUAACGCCGACUGCGCUUACCUCGGGCCAAAUCGGCACCAGUGCACCUGUCGAGAGGGCUACACAGGGGAUGGUCAGGUGUGCCUGCCCACAGACCCCUGCCAGGCAGCACAGGGCAGCUGCCCUGCACACUCCAGCAUUUGCAUCUAUGACGGUCCAGGAAAGUCCCACUGUGAAUGCAAGGAGCAUUAUACAAACUUUGUACCUGGGAAAGGCUGCAGCAUGAAGGACAUCUGUGAAACAAACAACACCUGCCACAAAAAAGCCAAAUGCUUAACAGUUGCACCAGGACAGAUUGCGUGCACGUGCGAGGGGGGCUCUGUGGGGAAUGGGUUUGUGUGCUAUGGGAACGUCAUGGAGCGCCUCCAAGAGCUGAAUGCAGAGGUGGGAGGACAGUGGCAGGGCAAGCUGACAUCCAGCCUCUUGCUCAUGGAAAAUACCUAUGCAUGGCAGCUGAGCACUCUGGGACCAUUUACUGUGCUUGUACCAACAAACAAGGGACUCAAAGGUACAAAUAUAAAGGAUCUUCUGAAAAAUAAACAGAAAGCCCAGUACUUCGUUAAACUCCACAUUAUUGCAGGUCAACUGAACACCAGUAGCUUGAAAAAUGCUAAUGUAAUAUAUACUUUGACUGGCAAGUCAGCAGAGAUGUCAAAGGGAGAAAAGGAUAAUCAGUUAAGGAUUAGAAUCCAAGAUGGAAGGGGGAAAGGAAAAAUUUUGCAGGGAGAUAUUAUUGCUUCCAAUGGAAUUUUGCACAUUAUUGACAAAGCCAUGGACAGCGUGGAGCCAACAUUUGAGAGCAGCAAAGAGAAAACCAUAAUGUCAGUACUUCAAGCUAAUGGAAGAUACAGCCAAUUUACAUCUUUGAUAGAGAAAACUGGCCUAGGAAUGGAUUUACAGCAGGACAACCAGCCCUACACAGUCUUUGUUCCAAGUAACAAGGCUCUGAGUAACAUGAAAGCUGAGGUUCUGGAUUACCUGCUUUCUGCAGAGGGUUCCUGGAAGUUGCUGGAGCUGGUCCGAUAUCACAUUGUCUCCAGUACUGAGCUAGAGGUUGCCAGCCUUGUCUCAAUAGAGCACAUCAGGACCAUGGCAAAGCAGUUCAUUCACUUUAACAGGACCAGCACUGGAAAACUCUUGGUGAGUGGAGAAAAAAUGGAAGAAACAGAUAUUGUUGCAAAAAAUGGCCGCAUUUAUACCCUUGAAGGUGUUCUCAUCCCACCCACAAUAGUUCCAAUCCUACCACAUCGGUGUGAUGAGACAAGUCAGGUCACAAAGGUGGAGCAAGUCCUAUUUCAGCAGAGGAGAGAUGUGAGGAAUGAGAAUCACUAUGAUGAUGCUUUGAGAGUUAAUAAACUGAUUUCAAAAAUUGACUGUGCUAGGGCCUGCAAUAUAACAGUGCAGGAACCAAAGUGUUGCAAAGGCUUCUUUGGCCCUGACUGCAGACCAUGUCCAGGAGGUUUCUCCAAACCCUGCUCUGGAAAUGGGCAGUGUAUGGAUGGCCUGGAUGGAAACGGGACUUGUGUUUGCUCUGAGGCCUUUCAAGGCUUGAGCUGCCAGUUCUGCUCAGACCCCGGCAAAUACGGACCUCAGUGUGACAAGGAGUGCCCCUGCAUUUAUGGGAAGUGUGAUAACCGAAUCGACAGCGAUGGGACUUGUCUCCCUGGAUCCUGCAGAGCUGGAUACACAGGGAAACUCUGUGAGAAGCAGAUUGUUCCCUGUGAGCCCUCCCUACAGCUCUGCCAUGCACAUGCAGACUGUCAGCUUAGCGAUGGCACAGUGAGCUGUGUUUGCAAACCUGGCUAUGAGGGAGAUGGCUUGAGCUGCAGCCAAGUUGAUCCUUGUGCUGUUUUAAACCCUGGUGGCUGCAAUAUCAAUGCUGAGUGUGUUCAGACAGGCCCAGGGGAGCACAGGUGUGUUUGCCAGGCAGGAUGGACAGGCGAUGGAAGGGACUGCUCAGCCAUCAACAACUGCCUGCUGCCCGCCACGGUGCGGUGCCACCAGAACACCACCUGCGUUUACAUUGGACCAGGUCAGAAUGACUGUAAGUGUAAGGAUGGAUUUCAGGGGAAUGGAAUUGAAUGCACACCCAUAAACUCAUGCCUGGAUCAAAAUGGAAAAUGCCAUCAUCUGGCAACAUGUCAGCUCAAGUCUUCUGGUGGCUGGGAGUGUGUGUGCCCAAAGGGCUACCAGGGGGAUGGUAGAAUAUGCUACGGAAACGCUGCAGAUGAGCUAUCCACACUGUCAGAAGCAGCUGCUUUUAACCAAUGGGUUAAUGAGGCCAAGAUAAACUCAGUGCUGUCCACCACCUCAAACCUAACUGUCCUUGUGCCUUCUCUGCAAGCAAUUGAAAAUAUGGAUGAAGAUGAGAAAGCCUUUUGGAUGUCAAAAAGUAACAUUCCAACUCUCCUUAAGUAUCAUGUACUGACAGGAGCUUACAGCUUUGCUGAUUUCCAGAAUUUAUCAUCCUCUGACGUGCUGCCAACAUCGCUACAGAGCAAAUUCCUACACUUGUCUAAAGAAAACGGGAACCUGACCCUCGAGGGCGCUCACUUUGUGGCCAGUGACAUUGCAUCCACAAACGGGGUCAUUCACGUUAUUGAUAAGGUGCUGACCCCACUCCGCAGCACUGUCAUGCCAAGGCUGCUGGCCCGCCUGGAGCAAAUGCCUGACUACUCCAUUUUCAGGGGCUACAUUCUUCAAUACAACCUGGCUAACGAAAUAGAAGCAGCAAACACAUACACAGUCUUUGCCCCAAGUAAUGAUGCCAUAGAAAGUUACCUAAAGGAUAAGAAAUCUGCUUCUCUGGAUGAAGGCCAAAUCCGCUAUCAUGUUGUGCUGGAUGAGAAGCUCCUGAAGAACGACCUGCACAAUGGCAUGCACAGGGAGACCAUGCUAGGGUUCUCCUACCAGGUUGGGUUCUUCCUCCACAACAGCCAGCUAUAUGUAAACGAUGCUCCUAUAAGCUAUGCAAACGUUGCCACAGACAAAGGAAUUAUUCAUGGACUGGGAAAGGUCCUGGAAAUCCAGAAGAACAGAUGUGAUAUCAAUAAUACCGUGAUCAUUGAGAAGUGCAGAAUUUGUUCACAACCAUCAAGCUGCCCUCCAGGAACAAAAGAAAUAGCAGGGGAGAAGAAAUACUGUGUCCUCACAGAAAACCACAUGAGACUGUACACCAUCCAGAUCGGGUGCCGGCCCAAGUGUGCCAAAACCAUCAUUACCAGGGAGUGCUGCGCGGGUUUCUUCGGCCAGCAGUGCCAGCCGUGCCCAGGGAAGGCCGGGAACGCCUGCUUUGGGAACGGCGUGUGCCAGGACGGCAUCAACGGCACGGGCUGGUGCCAGUGCGAGGAGGGCUUUGCGGGCAUGGCCUGCGAGAGCUGCCGCCAGGGCCGCUACGGCCGCACCUGCGACCAAGUGUGCACUUGUGUCCAUGGGAAAUGCAGCAGCGGGAUCGACGGGGAUGGCUCCUGUGAAUGUGAGGUUGGCUGGAGAGGAGUGACGUGUGAGACUGAAAUCCAAGAUGAUGCAUGUAAUGCCUCAUGCCACACCAGCGCUAACUGCCUUCUCCUAUCAAAUGGCACUGCCUAUUGCAAGUGUGCAGCUGGGUUUGAGGGGAACGGGACAUUCUGCACAGCUAUUGAUGCUUGUGAGAGCAGCAAUGGGGGCUGUUCCUCCAAGGCAGAGUGCAGGAGAACCACACCGGGAAACAGAGCCUGUGUCUGCCGCGCCGGCUACACCGGAGACGGGAUCGUCUGCAUCGAAAUCAACCCUUGUCUGGUGAACAAUGGUGGAUGUGAUAGAAAUGCAGAAUGCACGCAGACCGGACCCAAUCAAGCAGUAUGUAAUUGCCUGAAGGGAUAUUCUGGAGAUGGCAAAAAUUGCACAUAUAUCAGUCUGUGUACACAAAACAAUGGAGGCUGCAGUGAAUUUGCCGUUUGUAAUGACACCGAGCUGACAGAAAGGACCUGCACCUGCAAACCUAACUACAUUGGGGAUGGAUUUGUGUGUCGAGGCAACAUCUUCCAGGAACUUCUCAGGAACUCCAACACAUCUAGGUUUUAUUUUCACUUAGAGGCCUUGUCUAUCAGAGAUAUCUCAGGCCCCGGGCCUUUCACCCUGUUUGUCCCUCGCACAGACAUACUGAACAGUGACCCACGAGUCAAGGACUGGAUUGCCAAAGGAGUGAUGGCUCAAGUGCUCCGGUACCACAUGGUGGGCUGUGCCAACCUGUUGUACAAGGACCUGACAGCAAUCACCAACAUCACCUCUCUCCAAGGUGACUUCAUACACAUCAGCUACUCCCAGAACACGCUGGUUUUGAACAACAAAGCUGAAAUUAUACUCAGUGAUGCUGUUGGAACAAAUGGUGUGAUCCAUGUCAUAAACCAAAUUCUGAUCCCUUCACAUAUGCAGGAUUUCCCCCUCAAGAAGGUAUGUAAAUUACUCUCUUUUCUUUCUUUGUAGGAAAGUCUUAAAAUGGUUGCAGCCAAGCAUGGGUACAUUCUGUUCAGCUCCUUGCUAGAGAAGAACAACCUGCUCGGGCUGAUCAACGACCCCAUUCACAAACCCGUCACGCUCUUCUGGCCCACCGACACAGCCAUCCGGGGGCUGCCACAGGAGCAGCAGGACUUCCUCUUCAAGAAGUCCAAUACCGACAAGCUGGUGCAGUACCUCAAAUUCCACGUUGUCCGUGAUGCUGCGGUGUUGGCCUACCAGCUCCCCAGCUCCACCUCACUGAAGACCCUGCAGGGCUCCAGCCUCAGCGUGAGCUGUGGGGAUAACGGGGAGAUUGGCGCCCUUUUCCUGAACGACGGGCAGUGCAAGGUGGUGCAGCGGCAGCUGGAGUUUGACGGCGGCAUCGCCUACGGGAUCAACUGCCUGCUGACAGAGCCCAGCCUGGGGGGCCGCUGCGACAGCUUCCUCACCGUGGAGUUCAUGGGGCAUUGUGGUAGCUGUUUCAGCAACUCUAAAUGCCCUCCAGGGACAAAACCAAAGGAAGGAACCCAGUGGUGCACCUACGAGUCCUACGGGCUGCGGAGGGAUGGCUGCCGUAGGAACUGCUCCAUGGUCAUCCACACAGCCAAGUGCUGCAAGGGCUACUUCGGGCCAGACUGCCAAGCUUGCCCAGGGGGUGCAGAGACUCCAUGCCACGGCCACGGCUCCUGUGACGAUGGGUACACGGGGACAGGGGAGUGCCUGUGUGACGGUGGCUUCAACGGGACCUCGUGUGAGCUGUGCUUGCCAGGCAGAUACGGCUUCACCUGCAGGCCUUGUGAGUGCAAGAACAACGGGCAGUGCGAUGAAGGAUACUCGGGGACGGGACGAUGUUUCUGUGGAACAGGAUGGACUGGCCGGCUGUGCGAAACCAAGCUAGCUCUGCCGCCAGUGUGCUCCCCUAGCUGCUCAGCCAACGCCAUCUGCACAGAGAACAACACGUGCCAGUGCAAGCCCUUGUACAAUGGGGACGGGAUCACCUGCACAGCUGCAGAACUUUGCAAACAAAACAAUGGUGGGUGCCACAAGGCAGCCGGAUGCACACAGCAUGGGGUGAAAGUCUUCUGUACCUGCCAGAAGGGAUACAAGGGAGAUGGAUUUACCUGCCUUCCAAUAAAUCCUUGUGCUGAUGGGUUCAAUGGAGGCUGCCAUGAGCAUGCCAUCUGCAUUGUCAUUGGACCUGACAGACGUAAGUGCGAGUGUAAAAACAACUACAUUGGUGAUGGGCUGAACUGCUCUGUGCUGCAGCUGCCCCUGGACCGCUGCCUGCAGGACAACGGGCAGUGCCACCCCGACGCCGACUGCGCCGACCUGCACUUCCAAGACACCACGGUGGGGGUGUUCCACCUGCGGUCCCCCGUGGGACAGUACAGGAUGACGUACGAGCAGGCCAGGGAGGCCUGUGCCAAUGAGUCUGCCACCAUCGCUAGCUACAACCAGCUGCUGUAUGCACAGAAGGCAAGGUACCACUUGUGCUCUGCUGGCUGGCUAGAUGGUGGAAGAGUGGGCUACCCCACCGGCUUCUCCUCCCCAAACUGCGGCUCCGGAUACGUCGGCAUCGUGGACUACGGAAGAAGAGCCAAUCUGAGCGAAACCUGGGAUGUUUUCUGCUACAGGGAGAAAGAUGUGAACUGCACCUGCAAGCCAGGCUACGUGGGGGAUGGCAUCUCCUGUAGUGGGAACCUGCUGCAAGUGCUGAUGUCCUUCCCAACAGUGACAAACUUCCUGUCGGACAUCAUGGCUUACUCCAACAGCUCUAGGAAGGGGAGAGAGUUCCUGCAGUACCUCACAGACCUGUCAGUGCAUGCCACUCUCUUUGCUCCCAACGACAGUGGGUUAAAGGAAAAUGAGACACUUUCUGGGAGAGACAUUGAGUAUCACUUAUCUAAUGCCAAUAUAAUGUUUUAUGAGGACUUGACCAAUGGAACCAUCCUUCUAAAUCGUCUAGGGAAAAAACUCCUCAUCACAAACACUGGGGGCCAGGAACAUCAAAGCGAGAUCCGAUAUGUGGACAGAAGUGCCAUUGUCGAGUGGGACAUAAUUGCUUCCAACGGGAUAAUCCACAUCAUUUCAGAGCCUUUAAAGGCUCCAUCAGAACCUGCUCCUCUCCAUGCCAGUACUGGGACAGGAAUAUUCUUUGGCAUCUGUCUAGUUACUGGAAUUGUGGCUCUUAUUGGAUAUUCUUACCUCAGGUUCAGGAAGAAAAACAUAGGCUUCCAGCACUUCAAGUCAAAAGAUGACACUGACACAUCACUGGACAAGUCACGGCCUUCAAAUAUCACCAACCCUUCAUAUGAAAGUUCUUCAACACUGACUUCACCAGAACCUGCUUACGAUCUUUUCUCAGAUUCAGAUGACCAACAGCUUGUGAUGAGUGGUCCUAAUGACCAGAAUUAAAGACUGAAUUUGGCAUUAGCUAAUAAAUACAUUUUUAUUUACACUUAUUAUGAAAAAAAAAGCAUCUACAUUACAGGGAAUAAAAUCUUGUUAUAAAUUAAAAACCAAAAGAGCACAGCUUUGUUUAAGAUGCCUUCUAUAUAGCUCACAGAGAUACCAACUUCAGAAGUGUUGGCUGAAUCUGAGCAGUACCAACUGUGAGUGCUAAAAGCAAAAUUGAUCCUCAACUAACCUACCCAGAAGCAGACACCUCCAGGGAACAGCAGCUGAUUUUCACUCACCUGCUAUUUAACUGCUUUUAUUCUUCUUCACAGACUUAAAUAUGGCCACAAGCACACAAGGCUGCUAACUUGGCAAAUAUCCUAAAUUUUCUAGUACUCCAGGCCUGUGCUUUCAUUUUGGUUCAGUUACAAUUAGAACAGGCAAGUGUGAAACAGAACAUGUGGUAAACCUCUAUUUUUAAACUGAGGGGAUUUUUUUGCUGGUAUACUUUCCUGUUAUAGAUAGUCAGCAGCAGGAAACACAACCAUGACUGUCCCCCUUGCCUCCUCUAGCUUCUCUGCCUUUCCUCGACCUUGGCUUGGUGUCUGGUGUACAUCUCACCUCACUCUACAAAGGGAAGCAGUAAUUGAGGCAGCUUCAGGAAGGAAUGCAGGUGAUAUGAAAGCAUUCAAAUGAACCAUUUUUGUAAAAGUGACUGUGAAGAUGAACAUCCCCUUGCCAUGCAAUGUCUGCAUUCAGUUCUUCAGGUCUGAGAGGGGCAGCAGCUGCUCCUUCACAUCCUGUGUUUUUACCAAGCACAGCAGUAACAGCUGCCACUGUCACCACACACCAUUAGAGAAGAAUCAAACCUGAGUUUGAUUUGCUGUCACCUCCUUCCAUCAAAAUAUUAAAUAUCAUAAUGAUAACUUGAGGACAUGAAAGAAACCACAAAACAGCAGGAAAAGAAAGGUUUUUCAGUGGGCAAGCCCAGGGUUGUUGGUGCAGCUAUCAAGCACAAGGAAGAGAAUACAACAGGUAAAUACACAUUCAUCUCUUGAAACAAACAGUUAAUUUCUUCAACUCCUUCCCCUGUCCCCCUACACAAGCCUGCUUGCUUUCACAGACUUUAGAAAAUUUAGAACACAAACACACUUAAACACUCACACACAUCGAGGACAGUUUUGCCCAGAGAAUUUUGCAAUCAAUACAACUCACGUUCUUUCCUUCUCCCCAGUCAAAAUAUUAAGGUUCACAGAGACCAGAAGAUAAAGUCCAAAGCAUUUAUUUUUGUAAUAAUAAUCAUUAAAUAUUUUUAUCACAAAAAAAUAGCGCUCUACAAUUCAUUAAAUUCUUUUUUUACUGAGAGGCUAUUCAGCUCUGUGUUUUUGAUAGACCAGAACAAAAAUUUCUUCUUGCUUUGGUGUUCAAAUGAACCAUACUCCCAAAAUCAGCAGAGACCCUGCCCAUUAAACACACUUAAAAAUCUCUUUGAAAUCAGUAGCAUAAGGUUAAAAUGAGUAAUGUAGAGAGCAUCAAGGUGAAAUUAUUAAAAAACUGCAAGACAUUUUUAAAAGUUAACAAGCAGCACUUUAGCACUGAAAAAUAAAUAAUACACUUGAAUAUUCUCACUAAAAUUUAUAUUAUAUAUAGUUGGGUUAUUUUAAAGAAACAUAACCCUUCAAUAAUUAACUUUUUUCAUGCAACACUGUUUAUUUCAACAAGUCAUGCAAUAUAAACAAUAUUUUACUUCAGCUGGCUGUUGCAACAUAGUUUGGCAGAGAAGUUUGAUUUCUAAUUUAAGAGAAAGGAAAGGUGAGAGAAGAAAAUAAUCUUAAAGCAAAAUGUGCAUUAUGUGCAUAAUAUCAUCACCCAAGCCAAUUAAACUGUUCCUGCUUGAUACAGGAUGAACGUACAGUGGUUUGGGUGUUUUUUUUUUUUUUUUUAAAGAGUGCACUGGAGCUUGAGAGGUGCUACACACACGUAACACCAAGUUCAGUUAAAGCUGAGCAUUGGGAUAAAGAACUGAGGGCAAAUCAGGAUAUUCCUAUCUUCAUAUUUCAUUAUCAAGUUAUGCUAAAUGUUUCUUGCACAGUCCCACCAAGUAAACUCUUGAUGCAGUCAAACUAACUUCCUGCAACACGUUAUCUUUUUAUUCCAGCCAAACAAGCAGGACAGUCAGAUGAACUUACUCAUUUCAAGUAUAUUCAUCUGUUUAAAUACAGGGGUGUUUAAAUCACACACUUCAGUCAAGUUUGGAAUAGGAGCAUAGGAAAAUCAAAAAAUCUAAACCGCCUCUGAGAACUUUGUACUGAUUUCAAGCAUACAGGAAAACUAGUUACAAAAUUGUGCAGGCUAAAUUAGAAUACAUUCUUUACUUUGCAAACAUGCUUUUAAAAACAUGAAAUACACUGUAUAUGAAAUUCAAUCCAGGUACUUGCACAUACAGACAGGUUAAAAAAAAAAACAAAAACAAAAACA